UUGACCAAACUGCUUCACUAUGAAGCUUUGUUCAAAUACAGUUUCCUUUGUGUUACUGGUUCUUCUUGCAGUAUUAUCAUUAGGAUUUGCUUGUACUGAUGGAAGCAUUCGCUUAGUUGGAGGAACGAAUAAUCUAGAAGGACGUGUUGAAGUAUGCAGUGGUGGAUCAUGGGGUACUGUCUGUGAUGAUUACUGGGACAUCAGUGAUGCAACUGUUGUCUGUAGACAACUUGGAUAUGAAUCAGCUGUAUCUGCCCUGGGGAGUGCCUACUUUGGACAAGGAAGUGGAUCAAUUGUGAUGGACAAUGUCCAGUGUGAUGGAAGUGAAUCUUACCUUACAAACUGUACACACAUCACAAAUCACAACUGUGUUCAUGCUGAAGAUGCAGGAGUCAGAUGUGCAGCAUGUACUACUGGAUCAAUCCGUCUUGUUGGUGGUUCACAUGAUUGGGAAGGAAGAGUGGAAGUGUGUGAUAGUGGAUCAUGGGGCACGGUCUGUGAUGAUCUCUGGGACUCCCCUGAUGCAGCAGUAGUGUGUAGACAACUAGGCUGGGGAACAAGUGGAACUGCUCGAUCAAAUGCCUACUUUGGUCAGGGUACUGGUAGUAUCCUCCUGGAUGAUGUUCAGUGCACAGGAACAGAAGAGUUUUUGACAAACUGCACACACUUGAGUACUCACAACUGUGGACACUAUGAGGAUGCUGGAGUAUCUUGUGAUGUUUGUACUUCUGGUUCUCUGCGUCUUAUUGGUGGAUCAAACUCUAGCGAGGGAAGAGUUGAACUGUGUCAAAAUGGAAGGUGGGGUACAGUGUGUGAUGACUCGUGGGACAACACUGAUGCUGGAGUUGUUUGUAGACAGCUUGGUCUAGGAACAAGUGGGACAGCUCGCAGCAGUGCAUACUUUGGUCAGGGAAAUGGAUCAAUAUUAUUGGAUGAUGUUGCAUGUGAUGGAACUGAACAAUUUCUUGCAAACUGCUCACACACCUCAAAUCACAACUGUGGACAUUCAGAAGAUGCUGGAGUGACUUGUUCAACACCUCCAGCUUGCUAUGAUGGAUCCAUUCGUCUUGUUGGUGGUGCAAACAGUUUGGAGGGACGUGUUGAGGUAUGCAGUGGUGGAGCAUGGGGUACAGUCUGUGAUGACUACUGGGAUUCGACUGAUGCUGGAGUUGUAUGUAGACAGCUGGGAUAUGGUUCAGGAACUUCGUUUGGUAGUGCCUACUUUGGACAAGGAAAUGGAUCAAUUGUGUUGGACGAUGUCCAGUGUGUUGGAAGUGAAUCUUACCUUACAAACUGUACACACAUCACAAAUCACAACUGUGCUCACUCUGAAGAUGCUGGAGUCAGAUGUGCCUAUUGCACUACUGGAUCAAUCCGUCUUGUUGGUGGUUCACACGAUUGGGAAGGAAGAGUGGAAGUGUGUGAUAGUGGAUCAUGGGGCACUGUCUGUGAUGAUUACUGGGGCUCCCCUGAUGCAGCAGUAGUGUGUAGACAACUAGGCUGGGGAACAAGUGGAACUGCUCGAUCAAGUGCCUACUUUGGUCAGGGUACUGGUAGUAUCCUCCUGGAUGAUGUUCAUUGCACAGGAACAGAAGAGUUUUUGACAAACUGCACACACUCGAGUACUCACAACUGUGGACACUAUGAGGAUGCUGGAGUAUCUUGUGAUGUUUGUACUUCUGGUUCUCUGCGUCUUGUUGGUGGAUCAAACUCGAACGAGGGAAGAGUGGAACUGUGUCAAAAUGGAAGGUGGGGUACAGUGUGUGAUGACUUCUGGGAUUCGACUGAUGCUGGUGUUGUAUGUAGACAGCUGGGAUAUGAUUCAGGAACUGCAUUUGGUAGUGCCUACUUUGGACAAGGAAAUGGAUCAAUUGUGAUGGACAAUGUCCAGUGUGAUGGAAGUGAAUCUUACCUUACAAACUGUACACACAUCACAAAUCACAACUGUGCUCACUCUGAAGAUGCAGGAGUCAGAUGUGCUUAUUGCACUACUGGAUCAAUCCGUCUUGUUGGUGGUUCACACGAUUGGGAAGGAAGAGUGGAAGUAUGUGAUAGUGGAUCAUGGGGCACUGUCUGUGAUGAUUUCUGGGGCUCCCCUGAUGCAGCAGUAGUGUGUAGACAACUAGGCUGGGGAACAAGUGGAACUGCUCGAUCAAGUGCCUACUUUGGUGAGGGUACUGGUAGUAUCCUCCUGGAUGAUGUUCAUUGCACAGGAACAGAAGAGUUUUUGACAAACUGCACACACUCGAGUACUCACAACUGUGGACACUAUGAGGAUGCUGGAGUAUCUUGUGAUGUUUGUACUUCUGGUUCUCUUCGUCUUGUUGGUGGAUCAAACUCGAAUGAGGGAAGAGUGGAACUGUGUCAAAAUGGAAAGUGGGGUACAGUGUGUGAUGACUUGUGGGACAACACUGAUGCUGGAGUUGUAUGUAGACAGCUUGGUCUAGGAACAAGUGGGACAGCUCGCAGCAGUGCAUACUUUGGUCAGGGAAAUGGAUCAAUACUAUUGGAUGAUGUUGCAUGUGAUGGAACUGAACAAUUUCUUACAAACUGCACACACACCUCAAAUCACAACUGUGGGCAUUCAGAGGAUGCCGGAGUGACUUGUCCAGGUCCAGCAUGUACUACUGGAUCAAUCCGUCUUGUUGACGGUUCACAUGAUUGGGAAGGAAGAGUGGAAGUGUGUGAUAGUGGAUCAUGGGGCACUGUCUGUGAUGAUCUCUGGGACUCCCCUGAUGCAGCAGUAGUGUGUAGACAACUAGGCUGGGGAACAAGUGGAACUGCUCGAUCAAGUGCCUACUUUGGUCAGGGUACUGGUAGUAUCCUCCUGGAUAAUGUUCAGUGCACAGGAACAGAAGAGUUUUUGACAAACUGCACACACUUGAGUACUCACAACUGUGGACACUAUGAGGAUGCUGGAGUAUCUUGUGACGUUUGUACUUCUGGUUCUCUGCGUCUUGUUGGUGGAUCAAACUCAAACGAGGGAAGAGGACGUGUUGAGGUAUGCAGUAGUGGAGCGUGGGGUACAGUUUGCGAUGAUUACUGGGAUUCAACUGAUGCUGGUGUUGUAUGUAGACAGCUGGGAUAUGAUUCAGGAACUGCAUUUGGUAGUGCCUACUUUGGACAAGGAAAUGGAUCAAUUGUGAUGGACAAUGUCCAGUGUGAUGGAAGUGAAUCUUACCUUACAAACUGUACACACAUCACAAAUCACAACUGUGGUCACUCUGAAGAUGCAGGAGUCAGAUGUGCUUAUUGCACUACUGGAUCAAUCCGUCUUGUUGGUGGUUCACACGAUUGGGAAGGAAGAGUGGAAGUGUGUGAUAGUGGAUCAUGGGGCACUGUCUGUGAUGAUCUCUGGGGCUCCCCUGAUGCAGCAGUAGUGUGUAGACAACUAGGCUGGGGAACAAGUGGAACUGCUCGAUCAAGUGCCUACUUUGGUCAGGGUACUGGUAGUAUCCUCCUGGAUAAUGUUCAGUGCACAGGAACAGAAGAGUUUUUGACAAACUGCACACACUUAAGUACUCACAACUGUGGACACUAUGAGGAUGCUGGAGUAUCUUGUGACGUUUGUACUUCUGGUUCUCUGCGUCUUGUUGGUGGAUCAAACUCAAACGAGGGAAGACACUAUGAGGAUGCUGGAGUAUCUUGUGACGUUUGUACUUCUGGUUCUCUGCGUCUUGUUGGUGGAUCAAACUCAAACGAGGGAAGAGUGGAACUAUGUCAAAAUGGAAGGUGGGGUACAGUGUGUGAUGACUCGUGGGACAACACUGAUGCUGGAGUUGUAUGUAGACAGCUUGGUCUAGGAACAAGUGGGACAGCUCGCAGCAGUGCAUACUUUGGUCAGGGAAAUGGAUCAAUAUUAUUGGAUGAUGUUGCAUGUGAUGGAACUGAACAAUUUCUUACAAACUGCACACACACCUCAAAUCACAACUGUGGACACUCUGAAGACGCCGGAGUGACUUGUCCAGGUCCAGCAUGUACUGCUGGAUCAAUCCGUCUUGUUGGUGGUUCACACGAUUGGGAAGGAAGAGUGGAAGUGUGUGAUAGUGGAUCAUGGGGCACCAUCUGUGAUGAUCUCUGGGACUCCCCUGAUGCAGCAGUAGUGUGUAGACAACUAGGCUGGGGAACAAGUGGAACUGCUCGAUCAAAUGCGUACUUUGGUCAGGGUACUGGUAGUAUCCUCCUGGAUAAUGUUCAGUGCACAGGAACAGAAGAGUUUUUGACAAACUGCACACACUUGAGUACUCACAACUGUGGACACUAUGAGGAUGCUGGAGUAUCUUGUGAUGUUUGUACUUCUGGUUCUCUGCGUCUUGUUGGUGGAUCAAACUCGAACGAGGGAAGAGUGGAACUGUGUCAAAAUGGAAGGUGGGGUACAGUGUGUGAUGACUUCUGGGAUUCGACUGAUGCUGGUGUUGUAUGUAGACAGCUGGGAUAUGAUUCAGGAACUGCAUUUGGUAGUGCCUACUUUGGACAAGGAAAUGGAUCAAUUUUGUUGGACAAUGUCCAGUGUGUUGGAAGUGAAUCUUACCUUACAAACUGUACACACAUUACAAAUCACAACUGUGGUCACUCUGAAGAUGCAGGAGUCAGAUGUGCUUAUUGCACUACUGGAUCAAUCCGUCUUGUUGGUGGUUCACACGAUUGGGAAGGAAGAGUGGAAGUGUGUGAUAGUGGAUCAUGGGGUACUGUCUGUGAUGAUUACUGGGGCUCCCCUGAUGCAGCAGUAGUGUGUAGACAACUAGACUGGGGAACAAGUGGAACUGCUCGAUCUAGUGCCUACUUUGGUCAGGGUACUGGUAGUAUCCUCCUGGAUGAUGUUCAGUGCACAGGAACAGAAGAGUUUUUGACAAACUGCACACACUUGAGUACUCACAACUGUGGACACUAUGAGGAUGCUGGAGUAUCUUGUGAUGUUUGUACUUCUGGUUCUCUGCGUCUUGUUGGUGGAUCAAACUCAAACGAGGGAAGAGUGGAACUGUGUCAAAAUGGAAGGUGGGGUACAGUGUGUGAUGACUCGUGGGACAACACUGAUGCUGGAGUU